AAAUAGACUUGCAGUGUCAAUCAUCUUCUUCUUCGUCAGCCUCCCUUCCACCGCCAUAUUGGGCAACUAAAAAAGGAGGGGGGCUCGUGCUUUCGGGGUGUUUUUCCCCCCUCAUCCCUUGUCCCGACUCACUCGCGACUCCGAGACUCGCGCGGCGGCAAGGUUUGGAGAGGGGCUGCGUUCGCGGGACCCACGGGCUCGCCCCAGCCUACGCUCCGACUGUUUGCCACCUCCUCCUGCCUCCUCCCCUCCCUUCCCCGCCCUCCAGUACACUUGAUCACUGAAGCCUCGAGCUGCGCGGCCGGGGCGUCCCUGCGCCUCUCUUCCCCCAGACCUGCGCGCUACUGCGGCUCGGGCGGACGCUCGCCUGGCUCUGCUCCACUUGACUGUCUGUGUGCAGUCGCAGAACUUCGAAGAGGGUUUUGCGCUGCGGCCGGGGCGUUUCGCUUUUGUUUGGUUUUAUUGUUUAUUUCAUUUCAUUUUUUUUUUUUUCCGGAGAGAGGUGAGGCGGUGGUCCGCACCCGCCCGGGGAGGAAGAUGUCAAACGUAAGAGUGUCUAACGGGAGCCCGAGCCUGGAGCGGAUGGACGCCAGACAAGCGGAGCACCCCAAGCCUUCCGCCUGCAGAAACCUCUUCGGCCCGGUCAAUCAUGAAGAACUAACCCGGGACUUGGAGAAGCACUGCCGAGAUAUGGAAGAGGCGAGUCAGCGCAAGUGGAAUUUCGACUUUCAGAAUCAUAAGCCCCUGGAGGGCAGAUACGAGUGGCAGGAGGUGGAGAGGGGCAGCUUGCCCGAGUUCUACUACAGACCCCCGCGCCCCCCCAAGAGCGCCUGCAAGGUGCUGGCGCAGGAGAGCCAGGCUGUCAGCGGGAGCCGCCAGGCGCUGCCUUUAAUUGGGUCUCAGGCAAACUCUGAGGACCGGCAUUUGGUGGACCAAAUGCCUGACUCGUCAGACAGUCCGGCGGGGCUAGCGGAGCAGUGUCCAGGGAUGAGGAAGCGACCUUCUGCAGACGAUUCUUCUUCGCAAAACAAAAGGGCCAACAGAACAGAAGAAAAUGUUUCAGACGGUUCCCCGAACGCUGGCUCUGUGGAGCAGACGCCCAGGAAGCCCGGCCUUCGACGCCAGACGUAAACAGCUUCGAAUUAAGAAUAUUUCCUUGUUUAUUAGAUACAUCACUGCUUUAUGAAGCAAGGAAGAUAUACAUGAAAAAAUUUAAAAUACAUAUCGCUGACUCCAUUGAAUGGACACCCUGUAUAAGCACUGAGAAAGCAAAAACAAUAACACUAAAAAUUUUAGGCACUCAUAAACCAUCUGCCUCUAAAAGCAUUGGAUGUAGCAUUGCGCAAUUAGGUUUUUCCUUAUUUGCUUCAUUGUACUACCUGUGUAUAUAGUUUUUAUCUUUUACUAUGUAGCACAUAAACAUUAGGGAUGGGAGGGCGGGUGGGGCUGAGGAAUCAGCAUGGGGGGGGGGUGAAGAACUUGCUUCAAUUUGUAGCAAGGAGAAAAAUAUUUGACUUGCAUAAAGAGAAGCAACUUGGGUGGGGGGAAGGGUUUGAAUUCCUUUCUUUAAAGAUGUAGUGUCCCUUUCUGUAAGAACGGAUCCUUUAUUUUUAAAAUAAUCAAAAUUUGAAUAAUCGCUACAGAUAGUCGCUAUUUAUUUUUAUUUGAAGCUUAUUCUCAUUUGGGAGUUCUGAAGAGUCUGUUAUAUAGCAAGAAAUGGCUUAGUUUUUUUGUUUGUUUGUUUUUUGUUUUGGGGGGGUUUUUUUGUUUGUUUUUUUUCUAAAUUGGAAUUUACCAGUUAAUUGUUUAGCAGUAAUCAUCCCAGGUAACACUGGGCGAAAAUCUUGGAUGUGAUAGGGAAAUCUGAAUUCUUAGCAUUGACUAUCUCAGAUCAUAUUUGCUGAGAAAAUUUCCUAGUUUUUUUUUCCACAGUGAAUAUAAUCCUAAAUCCUUGGAUAUUUUUAGAAGUCUGUAACUUUACAUAAAUAAUGAAAUAAUUUUUAAUUCAAAGUUUCUCACCCUACUUGUUAAUUUGCCCCCAUGGAAAAUUGUUUUUAAAAGAAAAAAGGAUACUUAUAGAGUAAGUGAAAUGGAUGCUACAUCUUUAAACAGUGUUUCUUCAUUGCCUGUGUAUGAGAAAAACUUUGAAGUGUGCCUGUGUAUAUAACUCUGUAAAGACACUGAAAAUUAUACUAACUUAUUUAUGUUAAAAAAGAGAUUUUUUUUUAAUCUAGACAAUAUACAAGCCAAAGUGGCAUGUUUUGUGCAUUUGUAAAUGCUGUAUUGGGUAGACUAGCUCCCCCCAACCCCUUUGUUAAAUAAUACGGCUAUGCUUAAAAGGUUGCAUACUGAGCCAAGUAUAAUUUUUGUAAUGUGUGAAAAAGAUGCCAAUUAUUGUUACACAUCAAGCAAUCAAUAAAGAAAACUUCCAUAGUUA